UAGGUACUUGAGAUAAAAUGUACAGAUAAACAUCGCUACGCGUCAGCCUAUAAAGUGAGAAUCGUUGCUUUAAUUUCUGGAAAGAGGUUUGUUUUUUUUUGUUUUACGCACCAAAGUAAACAUGAAAGUUUUAAUAAUUUCUUUAGCCAUAGCUUGCUUUGCAGCAAUUACAGCUUUGCCUGCUGUAGAAUUAGAACAAAAUGAACAAUUUCAUGAUAUUAUUACCAACAUUAUUAAUGGCACCCUUAAUAAAAUUAUCAAAAAUUUAUCAGAUCCAAUGACUAUCAAAGACAUGAACCUAUCGUUCAACAAACCUGGUAUGAUUAGCGGCGGACUUAAAGCUUCAGACAUUCAAAUCAGUGGAAUCAAAAGUUUGAUCGCAACAGUCCUCAAAAUUGAUUUUAAGACACACACUAUAGUAAUUACAUUGCAAGUUAUCGACAGUAUUUUUGCGAAGCUCAAUUAUAUGAUUGAUCUUCUGGUCGCUGAUCUAGUUCCUUUAUAUGGUGAAGGCCUUGGCAGUAUCGAUUUUACUGGAUUACAACUCGACAUAGCUGGAGGAAUUAGCACCAAAUCUCUAACUAACAUCACAGUUUCAGAUUUACAAGUUCUUGUUACACUUAAAACUGCUACGUUUAACCUUAAUGGACUCCUGAACAAUCCCGAAUUCAGUGCCUUAGUGAACACAGCACUCAAUGACAAUUUCGUAACUUUGGUUAAUGAAAAUAACAAAUUGUUAUCAUCCAUUCUUGGUCCCAUCGUUACCGGUAUUAUCAAUGGUGCCUUACAUAAACACUAAUAAUUAUCAAGUAGUGAUUAUUUUGUAUUAUUAUUAUCUAAAAUGUCUAAUAGGAUAAGAUAACGUGUUUUUAA